AUGUCCUCUUGGGAUAAAGUUGCUUCCCUGGUGAAGCGCAUUAAAUUCCCUACCAACGCCCCCUAUGAUGAUGCGAUACUCGCUGAACGCCAACGGGACUCAUGGACCGAAGCUGGGAGGUAUGGAAGAGGCUGGAUAUAUUUCUCCCUCGUGCUGCUAGCUGUGACGACGAUAUUUCGAUUUUACCAUACAUGGAGUGACCGGAUUAGAAUCGCUGUACACAAGGAGAAACCGCAGGCAGGUUUCCAAUCGCCUCAGGAUGAAUACGAGCUCCCAAGCGCCGCUACCGAUAGCUCGACUACACUUUUUUUCCCGCCUCCAGAUACUGUCCACAAUAAGAAGCGGCAGGAGUCGCCUACUUCAACCGUUUCUCCACUGAACAAAGGCAUCGCGCUCGCGCGCUGGGUUUUUUAUCGAUCGCUUCCAGAGAUUCGAGUAGGGAGAUACCGGAUUAUUUUCCCAUCGCUUGGUUCUUCGGUGAUCAUCCUUGCGGCAUUGAUAUUUGUUACGUUAUAUACCUUCAUCCCGCAGCCCUUCUACUAUUCGACUAUCAGGGUUGGAUCUCCACCCCUGGCUAUCCGCGCGGGAAUGCUAGCAGUCGCAAUGAUUCCCUGGAUUGUGGCCAUGAGUACAAGAGCGAACCUUAUCAGUAUGUUGACUGGCAUCGGCCAUGAGAGAUUGAAUGUCCUUCAUCGCUGGGCUGGCUAUAUUUGCCUAUUCCUGAGCUUGAUCCAUACAAUCCCUUUUUACAUCACUCCUGUCUGGGAAGAUGGACUUGCCCUGUCAGUAUACCAAAUGUAUCUCCAGCCACGGAACAUGUACGUUUAUGGAACUGGGGUGGCGGCACUCGUGCCUCUUGCAUUUCUGUGUGUUCACUCACUACCAAUUGUGAGGGACUGGAUGUAUGAGUUAUUCUUGAAAGUUCACCUCCCUGUGUCCAUCAUCUUCAUCGCCAUGCUUUUCUGGCACACGAAUAACUUUUUAUCCUCCUGGGCUUACUUGUGGUCCACGAUUGCAAUUUUCCUCCUUUCUUAUGUUAUGAGGUUAUUUUACCUCAACUGGACCAAUCCCCUACGAUUAUCGUUCAUGAUCGGAGAAGAUUCCGCGGUCACUAUUUUACCACAGAACGCCAUAAAAGUUACGGUUCCAACCCAGGUGAGGUGGAGUCCUGGACAGUACGUGUACCUACGUAUGCCUGGAGUUGCGUUCUUUCAGAACCAUCCUUUCACCAUCGCCUCUCUUUGCAGCGGUGAUUUGCCGUCCGCAUAUGGCGAGGAAUAUCGCGACCUGGCUCUUGUAUUUAGGCCUUUUCGUGGUUUCACGAGGAGUGUGUUGCGCAAAAGUGCUGAAUAUGGUCCGUUCAAGACAUGGACUGCCUUCCUUGAAGGGCCUUAUGGUGGUAUGCGGCGACAGAUGGCAAGUUUCGACGACGUGAUCUUCUUUGCCGGUGGCAGCGGCAUCACGGCAAUUGCUAGCCACUUGCUCGAUCUGAUUAAGAAGAUGCGUGAGGGUAAGGCUGUCACGAGAUCAGUUCGAGUUAUCUGGGCCUUGAGAGAUCCAGAGUCCAUUGACUGGUUCAAAGAAGAGCUGCGUAUCUGCAGAGAUCACGCGCCUCUCAAUACAGUGCACUGUUAUUUCUUCCUGACAGGGGCCAAGGAUGACCAUGGAAACCCAUUUCAGGUGCAAGACCAACAACUCUACCGCGACAUGGUGCAGGAGAAGAUCUACGAUACGCUACAGGAUAUCGAGAAGCGCAGCUCAGCAUACAUCCGCGAGGAAGCUGCCGGAGACGAGGAGCGAGAGAAAGAAUUACGUAGAGAAAAUGAAGACACCCUCACUGCCCUCCCACGCGCGUACACCGCGAACUUGCCGCGAUCUUCAAACUACCAACCCCCUAUGCAGAACACCGAGCAGCCGCAACUCACAAUUCAAACCACCCCAUCCGCCCCCGCUCGACCAAACCCACGUUUCGCAUCUCUACCUCUGCAAAAACGCAACGGAUGGAAAAUCGAGUACAUGCGCCCAGACGUCCCUAAGAUGCUCAACGAAUUCUCCAAGACAUUUAGUCGUCGGACUUGUGUCUAUGUCUGCGGCCCUCCGAGUUUGCGAAUGGAGGUUUCGGAUGCGGUUGCAAGAUUGCAGUCUUUGGUUCUCACGGAUUCUUCCAAGGAUGAGAUAUUCCUGCACGCUGAGAACUACAAUAUAUAA